AUGAAGUCUAGUACUUCAAAAGAAAAGCUAUGCGGCGACAACUCGCGACAAAUGUACAAUAUGAUCAUCAACUCACAAAAAUCGCGAUUCGAUAUUAAGGACAUAGGAAUUUUUCAUCUCAUUGACGAAAUUGAGCGUCUCCGGAAGCUAUGGAAAGAGUCAGAAGAAUCGAAGAAACGUCUUAACAGUGAAAUGCGAGAGACCGAGGAAGCACUCGCAAAAGCUCGCAAGAAGCUGGCAAUGUUUGACAUUGAUGUGAAAGAUACUCAGAAGCACAUGCGCGCCUUGAUGGAAGAAAAUAAGGCGUUGAAGCUGGAUCUGAAUGUCUACGAGACUCGAGAGAAGCAGCUGAAAGAGGCAAUGAAGAAUGGCAUUUUCAACAGUCUCACCAAAGAGGAUCGGGAUCAGUUCCAGUUCCUCCACGAACCAUUGGUUCGCACAUACUCGAAACGGGUACAACAGAGGCAUCCCCAUUUGAUGGAAGAGACGCAGGACGAAGAUGGCGACAGUGAAGUGGAUUACGAUGUCACCGGGGAUAGUUUCGAUGAAUGUUACGCGUUGAGAAGUGGGAGGGAAGUUAGAAGAUCGUCCGCUGCUGGUAACAUGGCUGGAACUUCCAAAAGAAGAAGUGCAUCAGCUCAUGCCACGACUGCUGCUGCCAAUUCAAAGCGAAGCAGAAGCCGUGUGAUGGCUGCGACUAUAGACGAGGAGCCAAACGAAGGAAGCACUCCACCGAAACGCUAUCGCGACGAUGGAGCAGUUUCACCAUCGCUACACCCAGAAGUUACCACGACAACCACGACUACUACCACCACGACCAUUCAGAAUUCUAGACAGCCCCGUAUAUCAGUGCACCGACAACUUACUAGGAGAAGUCUGAGCGUUGGAAGUGUGCCGUCGUGUGAUCAUACUCCUGGCCAAACUACGAACAACAACGGAAUGGGAAUGUCGUCUGCGAUUCUGACCAAAAGCACACUCGACAUUCGUACAUUGAAGCGUGGAACACCCGCAUGGACUACUGGAGCCACCCGAGAUAUCGCCAUGAGACCGCAUUCGUUUGUGGAAGCAGGAAUUAAGGCGAUGAGAAGAUGCGACAAGUGUGGAACUGCGCUGAAGCUUGCAACUUCGAUGAAGUGCAGAGAUUGCCAUCAAGUGGUUCACAGAAACUGCUGCAGCAAGCUCCAUCUUCCAUGUAUACCUCGUCCGAAAACAAUGAUGACUCCGAAGUCGGCUGGUCGUGGAGCGAAAACUGGCGCUGGAGAAUUCCGUCUACAAGAUUUUUGUACUGCCGCCAAGCCAAUGAUUCCAGCCGCUAUUAUUCAUUGUGUUGUCGCUCUCGAAGCUCGCGGUUUGACCCAAGAAGGAAUUUACCGUGUACCAGGUCAAACGAGAACUGUAGCGUUGCUCCUUGAUGAAUUGAGAUCGAAGACUGUCCCGAAUGUAGCACUUCACGAUGUCGAAGUGAUUACAGACACUCUGAAAAGAUUCUUGAGAGAUCUUAAGGACCCGCUGAUUCCGAGAACAUCUCGUCAGGAGUUGAUCGCCGCUUCGAACUUAUAUUCUACGGAUCCAGACAACGGCAGACUCGCAUUGAACCGAGUGAUUUGCGAACUCCCACAGGCGAACCGUGACACUCUGGCUUAUCUUUUCAUCCACUGGCGAAAAGUUAUCGCUCAAUGCAGUCGGAACAAAAUGAAUUGUGAAGCGAUGGCUCGGAUGGUGGCUCCAGCGGUUAUGGGACACCCAAUAAAGCAAUCCCAGUCUCAGGCCGUAGCUGGUCGUGAUAUGCAGGAUUGUCAUAGAGCGAUCACAGCUCUCUUCGAAUUUGAUGAUGUGUACUGGCAACGAUUCCUGGGAACGUCCACUGCUUCACUUCAAAUCGAAACUGCUCGAAAUGAAUCUGUGGCUCUUUGUGACCGGAGUAUUCUGGGACCGGUCACAACUUCUCCUGCCACACCUCUUCUGGCUCGUUCCGCCCUGGCCACGCGGAACCGUGGAGCCCAUCUUUUGGGACCAAUAUUCCAUGAUUGA